ACUUUGAGUGGGUAGAGAAACACAAUCUCCUUUUUGCUUUCCUGUUUCUCUAAAUUAUGGCGGAUGAAUUAUGGGAUGAGUUACAAAAUUUGGCUAUGGGUAGAGAAGAUCCAGAAUUGUUUAUCCCACAUGAGGCUUAUGCAUCUACGGUGGCUCGCAAUAGGCUAAUUUUGAUAGCUAGACCCCUUAACCCGAGAGCUCAAAACCUCUUUACUGUGAUCUCUUCGCUACCAAGAAUUUGGGGAUUAGCAGCAAGAGUCCAUGGAAGGGUUAUGGAUGAUACUUUUGUUCAGUUUCUAUUCCAAUCUGAGGUGGAUCUUAUUUCAGUUCAAAGAAGGGAACCAUGGAUAUUCAACAAUUGGUUUGUGGCUUUUCAGAGGUGGGAGGACCUUCCUGACUUUGAUUUCCUCACAACAAUAGAUAUAUGGGUUCAGAUGAGAGGAAUCCAUCUUCCUUAUGUUUGUGAAGAAACUGUAACACAAAUAGCUGAAGCGCUUGGUGAAGUGGUGGAAUUGGACUUUCAUGAUGCUACUACUACUCAGGUAGCUUAUAUCAGAAUCAGAAUUAGAUUUGCCAUAACUGAUCGUCUAAGGUUCUUCCGAAGAGUUAGGUUUGAUUCUGGGGAGACUACAGUAAUCAGGUUUCAGUAUGAACGUCUAAGAAGAUUUUGUAGCAGGUGUUUGAGGUUCACUCAUCUCAGGAACUAUUGUCCUUUUCUCCAACCUCUACCU